AUGACGGAUAAUAAUGGUUUAAAUCUUUCACCUAAAGAUGAAGCUUUAUUAAUAUUAGAAUAUCUUGAAAAUGAACAAAUGUCAAAAACAUUUUUAAAUUUUCUUGAUGAAAAUAAACAUCUUGUUCAUCUUCGUUCACGUCUAUAUGCAAAUUAUGAAAAUCCUGAACAAUAUCAAAAUGAAAAUGAUUUAGAAGUUCUUGAUUUUCAAAAUUUUUUUAAUUUAUCAAAACAAACUGAAUGUCUUAACGAAACAUUUUUAUCUUCACAAAUCGAUAAUAAUAAUUCAAAUGAUUUACUAUUUGAUGAUGAUUUUUUAACUGUAGGUCUUAAUGAUUUAAUUAGUCAAACACCACCAAUGGAUUAUCAACAUGAUUUACCUGAUACACCAGUACCAUCUGUACCACCAUUAAUAACGAAUGAUAAUGAAGAUUUUAAUACAGCAUUAGAACAAUUAUUUUCUAUGCAUCAUGAACCAUUAACAACACCAUCUCAUCAAAUUGUUCAAGUUAUUUCAGAAACAAAUUCUAAACCAUCAUUUACAAAAUGUAUUGUUGUAACACAAGAUUUUCUUCAAUCAAUGUAUACUCAACAACAAUCAACAAGAACAAAUAAUAAUAAUAAUAAUAUGAAUAGAAUUGAUCGAACAAAAUGUCGUCGACAACGACGAUUAAAAAUUGGAAAAGAAAAUUAUUAUCAACAAAGAAAACUUAUGCCAAGAACACCACCCGAUCAUCAAUAG